GCCCCGCCCCUCCACCCUGCCGUUGGGGAGGAUAGGAGAACACUGAUGGGAACUGUGCAUUAGCAUAGCUUUUGGAAAAUAAGAUGGCCCGACAGAGGAGUUCAGUCAUUUGGAUCCACACCGGAAAGAAAAAUCACCUCGUGUUUCUAGCUGAAAAUCAGGACCUCUGGGUAUGUGUGUUGGCUGCGGCAUCCCCCAACGGUCUUUCCUGAGGUGGCCUGUGACUCAACUCUUCAGAACUUAAUGAAGUAGAUGACUCGACUACAAUGUGGAAAAAUCAUGACAGAAAAUGCGGUUUGUACUGGGGCCGUCAAUGCUGUCAAGGAAGUCUGGGAAGAAAGAAUAAAGAAACACAAUGAAGAUGUGAAGCGGGAGAAGGAAUUUCAGCACAAGCUGGUGAGGAUCUGGGAAGACCGGGUCAGCUUAACUAAGCUGAAAGAAAAGGUCACCAGGGAAGAUGGGAGAGUCAUUCUGAAGAUAGAAAAAGAAGAGUGGAAGACUCUUCCUUCUUCUCUACUGAAACUGAGUCAACUACAAGAAUGGCAACUUCAUAGGACGGGCUUGCUGAAAAUCCCUGAAUUCAUUGGAAGAUUCCAGAAUCUCAUUGUGCUAGACUUAUCUCGAAACACAAUUUCAGAGAUCCCCCGAGGAAUUGGACUGCUCACUAGACUGCAGGAACUGAUUCUUAGCUACAACAAAAUCAAGACUGUCCCCAAAGAGCUGAGCAACUGUGCCAGCUUGGAGAAGCUGGAACUGGCUGUGAACAGAGAUAUAAGCGACCUCCCUCCGGAGCUUAGCAAGCUGUUAAGACUCACCCACCUUGAUCUGAGUAUGAACCACUUCACUACAAUCCCUCUUGCUGUGUUGAACAUGCCUGCCCUUGAGUGGCUGGAUAUGGGAAGCAACAGCCUUCAACAACUUCCUGACAGUCUAGAAAGAAUGCAAAGUUUACAUACAUUGUGGCUACAGAGGAAUGAAAUAACUUGCCUGCCAGAAACCAUCAGAAAUAUGAAAAACUUGGGGACUCUUGUCCUCAGCAACAAUAAACUGCAAGAUAUUCCAGGCUGCAUGGAAGAAAUGACGAAUCUGAGGUUUGUCAACUUCCGAGACAACCCGCUGAGACUGGAAGUGACGCUUCCUCCCAGUGACUGCGCAGAAGGAGAGGAGGAACAGGAGCUGUUUGGGCUUCAGUUCAUGCGUGCAUACAUCCAAGAGUCACGGCGAACAGAUGACCAAGUCAACGGUCUGACUCUGCCAAUCUCUAUACACUCUGAUGGAUAAAGUAAUUCAAAGGGCCCUGCUGAAAAGGAAUACUUGGGAGAACUUGGUGAAUCCUCUGGACUUUGGAAGUAAAAAAAAAAACAAAGACAUAUACACACAAAAACCAAAACAAAAAACCUGCUAUUUAUAUUUUUGUGAAUAUAAAAAUAUAAUUUAAAUUUUUUGUUUGAGACGACUGUGACGUUCACACUUCUUUCCUGUUACUGCGCUGCUUCCUGCGAUGACAGAUGAGCUGGUACAGCAGUUAAUAAUACGUUCUCCAGAGACACCAACGGGUCUGUGUAGUACUGUAAGGCAGGACGGAAGCCUUUCUGCUGUAAAUACUGGAGUCGGCCUUGGUCAAUCAGCAGUUUGCAAAGAUGUCCUAUAUCCUUCUUUUCUUCAGCAGUAAGAGCUCUACGGUGAAUAAACACAGAGAGUUAAAGCUUGUAAAAGUUCCUAGGAAGCUGGUCCCUGCCGUCCACUAGGACGCUGCUAAGAAGCAAGCAGAGCAGGUGCUGUGUCUGCUGCUUCCCAGACUUUGUCAAGACAAGAUGAUCGCAAUUCAAAUGUGUUUUAGCGGGCUGGAGAGGUGGCUAAGAGGUUAAGAGCACUGACUGCUCUUCCAGAGGUCCUGAGUUUAAUUCCCAGCAACCAUAUGGUGGCUUACAGCCAUCUAUAAUGGGAUCUGAUGCCCUCUUCUGGCACACAGGUGUACAUGUAGAUAGAGCACCAUAUACAUAAAAUAAAUAAGUAUUAAUUUAAAAAAUGUGUUUUAGCCUACUCCAAAAUUAGAUUGUAAACUGUACUUUCUGGUCUAAAUUGUUGAUAGCAGUCAUCUGAAAAAAGAAUCCUUCUUCCUAGUCAGUUUCACUUUCUAUACUUGAUCUUAGCCAAAUGACUAAGAAGCAACAAUUCAAUUUCAUUUUCUCUGGUAUCUCUUGCUUAAGGUCUAUCACAGUCUGAAAAUAUUAAGAGGAAAAUUCCCAGAAUGAACCACUGGCAACGCCACCCUUACCCAACUCCUUCCUACCUGGGAAUGAACCUUUGCCUAGCACAUGAUCAUGUCUAGAAUAUCCACACUGCAUGUUACUCACUCACUAGUCACUGUGGAACCAUCUUGGUUAUUAGAUCAACAGGGGAGGUAACUGCAAUGCUAACACGCAGAGUUCUGAUUUAUCUAAGGUUCUAGGCAUCUGUGGGAGGUCCUGAAAUGUCGCCCACAGGAGCUGACAAGGGGGCUCCCUUAUGGUAAUAAAAUACUCACUCCCCUUCAGUGUGGUGCAUUCUAAAAGUUGUCACUCACCCAGGCACACUAUCAGUGCUGCCAUCUGGGAGUCUGUCUCCUCCGUCAUCAUGCUCUUCGUUGUCGUAAUUCUGAUCAUCUUUUCUCUUUGUAGUGAUAUCUGAGGCUCCCAAAGAUGUCCUUCUCAUUCCACACGUUGCCCAACUACUCAUUCUCUGGAAAUAGUAGAACUCCUCCGGCCCAAGGCCCAGAGCCCUGAAGUACUCUUUGCCCACAUAGUGUCUCCAGUCACACCUGUGGUGACAGCAGAGCGCAAUGACAAUGCCAGCCACGGGGGCCCACGUCUCCGGGGCAUUUGCUUCACUUUCUUCCUUGGACAAAGUGCUACUUUCCUGGUCUCUUCUAUCGUUCCGUACGCGUUUGGCUAAAGGCUCUUCAUUCCUUUCCUCAAAACUGGCAGCAUAGGUUUCAACCAAACAUCGUAAUGCAAGAUCUGCAAACACAGUUAUGUGGCCCCAAACACAUCAUCUUUAAGAGUGUUCUUCAGAUUUCUUAAGCAGUAUGGUUAAAAACAAAACACAACACAACAACAACACAAACCAGCAAAAAUCUACUUAGCUAUAUAUUGUAACAAUUCUAUCGUAUAUACUCUAAAUUUUUCUCAAAUUUGCCACAUCUUAAUUUUUCAUUGAUUUUAAAUUUUCAUUGAACUUAAAUUUUCAGUGAUUUAUUUUUUCAUAAAGCUACUUUCUAAUAAAAUUAAAGCAAGCUUAAGCCUUA